GAGCAUUGUAUGAUUCUAAGAAAAACCGCGGGCUCAUGUUCAUAUAACAAGUAUUUUGAUUGGACAAUAUUUUCUUACGAGCAUUCUGAUUGGCUUACUCUAUCAAGUUUACAUUCAACACAUGCAUGACAUCCCCACACGUUUGCCUAGUUGCCCAAAGAGACAUACAUUUUCAAAGCGAUAUUUCAUGUUUUUAUAACAAAAAAUGUAGUGUUUUUGUCUAAAAUUUCGGUCCUGGGAACUACUCCGCGACUUCAUAAUGGCCGACAUUACCAGCGAUAUGGUGAAUAGUUUUUUUAAUCUAAGUAAACCCAUCGCCAAGCAGCCAAAAGUGGUAGUGAACGUGCGAGGGCCUCCUCCAUCGCCGGAUGAUUCGUAUAAACCAGAGUUUAAAUUACAGAAGAAAACCCGACCCAAAAGUCCAAAUAGUGAAGCAAGAUGGAACUCCAUUGCUGAAGAAGAUGGAUUUCUAAAUGGUGACAGCUUGAGUGCACUAGACUUGACCCCCCCUGAAGAGCUCGCCCCUACUGAUCCAGAUGCGCCUGUUCCUGCGGCAUUCAAAGGAGAAGAUGAAGCACACAUAUUUGAGAACUAUUCCUUUGAUCAUGAAUAUUCACCAGAUCUUCCUAUCACUCAGUAUCAUCAAGACAUUAUUGAUACUGUAGAGAGCAACUCUGUUUGCGUCAUCCAUGGGCCUACUGGAAGUGGAAAAACGACACAAGUCCCCCAAUACCUACUUGACAACUAUGCCAAAGACAGGCGAUAUUGUAACAUUCUUGUAACCCAACCUCGCAGAAUAGCUGCCACUAGUAUUGCCAAAAGAGUGUGUCAAGAGCGUAAAUGUACACUUGGAAGCUUGGUGGGUUACCAAGUGGCUCGCGAUAAGUGUGUUAGUGAAGAUACAAGGAUUGUUUAUGUUACGACUGGAGUUUUACUACAAAAGCUGAUUGCUACGAAGAAUAUGAAUCAGUAUACCCAUAUUGUUAUUGAUGAGGUACAUGAAAGAGAUCAAGAUACAGACUUCUGUCUUCUUGUUGUCCGUAAACUUCUUCGAUCCAAUUCAAGACAUGUGAAGAUAAUUUUGAUGUCUGCAACACUACAAAGUAACCUCUUCUCGUGGUACUUCUCCAUGCCUGUGAGGGGCAAAAUGGAAGGUGCACCAGUUAUUGGUGUUGAAGGAAAGAUAUUCCCAAUCCAGGAAUUAUACUUGGAUGACAUGACUUCAAUUGGACAGUUACCAAAUGUCUCCCUGGAAGACCCAGGAAUAAGUGAUGAAGCUUAUGAGUUAGCCGCACGAUUGAUAACAUCAUUAGACUUUGAGGAAAAAAAGAGGCUGGGAGUUGAUGGAGAUGAACAGUCUUGUGCUGAUCGUGGUACAGUUCUUAUCUUUCUUCCUGGUAUACUAGAGAUAAAGAGGAUGGACCAAACUCUUGAAGAUCUGUGUGUCAAUUCAAAUCUUCUGUGUCUUCCUCUUCAUUCUCAAAUCACCAUAGAAGAGCAGUCAAGAGUCUUCAUCAAACCAGAUAGAGGAGUAAGAAAGAUUAUCUUGUCAACGAACAUAGCAGAGAGUUCAAUCACUGUUCCAGAUAUAAAGUAUGUAAUUGAUUUUUGUCUGGUCAAGUGUCUGAUCUGUGAUCCUGAGACAAACUUCCAGAGUCUCAGAACACAAUGGGCUGCAAAGUCAAGCUGUAUCCAGAGAAAAGGUCGAGCUGGUCGUGUUUCUGCUGGGACAUGCUACAGAAUGGUUUCCAAUGAGUUCUAUGAGACUUGCCUUACUGAAUUUGGAAUCCCAGAAAUGCAGAGAUGUCCAUUGGAGCAGAUUGUUCUGCAAGUCAAAUUGUUGGACCUGGGUGAACCAAGAGCCAUCCUGAGGCUAGCACUUCAACCGCCUGACCUUGAUGAUAUUGAAAGAACAGUUCUCUUACUUAAACAGGUCGGUGCACUGACCACCAAGAUGAGGAAUGGAUACAUCAAUCCACACGAUGGCGACCUGACAUUCAUUGGUCGAGUACUUGGGACUCUCCCAGUUGAUGUUAGAAUUGGGAAACUCAUGGUCUUGGGAUAUGUUUUUGGGUGUCUGGAAGAGUGCAUAGUCAUAGGAGCAUCACUUUCCCUCAAGUCCUUCUUCUCAAGACAGUUCAAAGAAGAACUUAAAACAUACAGGAACAAGAUGAACUGGGAUAAUUCAACAUUCAGUGAUUGUCUUUGCUCUCUUUCUGCCUACACAGAGUGGAGCAAACUAAAAGAAUCCAGAAGCUUUGGGGGCAAUAGAGAAACACGGUGGUGUAGAGAAAAUGGUAUUCAAGUAGGGAGAAUCAGAGAGGUUCAUGAAUUGGUGAAUGAAUUAACAGAAAGACUAAAGCACCUCAAUGUCAGGUCUGAAAGAUCUGUCCACAAAAAGAGAAAUAAAACCCCCGAAGACAUUCUUAUCCUCAAGCUGGUAAUUGCAGGUGCUUUUUAUCCCAACUACUUUCUGUCUGGAGACAUUGAUGAAGCUGAAGCCACAAAGCUCAUGUCUGGACAUGACUCAUUCACUACCGUCAUGGUAAGAGGAAUGCCCCAAUACGGUGCACAGUACAAGGCAGCUAUCGCCAGGAUGUUCCGAGACUGCGGCAAGGGAAAAGCAUUGUACUUUGAGGAAACCAGAGCAUACAUUGAAUUUGACAAGUCUUCUACAGCUCAUUCUGCCAGAGGUUCGACAAUCUUACCUGCUGUUUACCUUGCUGUCAAGAUGAGGGGAUUGAGAAUACCGCUGAACCUUUAUAUCGCAGAAGGAAAUAAUAGGAGAAUCGAAAGGGAGUUAAGCAACUCAAGAGAAGAAGGAAAUCGACUACGAACAAAUAGAAUGGCUGCCUCACUAUCCCCUGGAUGUCAACGAGUUUCCUUCGAUACAACUAACCAACCCAGACAGGUUGAAAUCCCGUGUAAAGGUUACAUGGAAGUCGUCGUAACAUCGCCUAUCGAUGUUGGUCAUUUUUGGGUGGUGAAUGCAGAGCAAAGUUCAUCACAAGCAUUUGCAGCCUUAGAAUAUCGAAUACAAACGUUUAACUAUCACGAGCCUGUUGAUCAUCGAUCCUGUCAAGUAGAGAGUUUCGUUCUGGCUCCUUUUGAAGGCACCCUCUAUAGAGCAAAAGUGCUUAGUAUCUUUGACGAUUCAAGCAGACCAAGAAAAUCAUUUGUCAGGGUUUUUUUCCUUGAUUAUGGUAACGUUGAAGAAGUUGAAUUUAAUGAAGUGAGAAAAAUUCACCCCGAGUUCCUCAAGCUGCCAUUCCAGGCCAUAGAAUGUGAACUGUGCGAAGUCCAGCCAUCGUACUCUUCUAACUGUCCAUCUGGAAUGUGGUCUAAACAAGCAUAUGCCAGAUUCAUGCAACUGACAAAUGGAAAAAUGCUGGUUGCCAAGAUUUAUUCUCUGGUGCACGGGAUCUUACGUGCUGAUUUGUACGACACGAUGACAGAAGAGGAUAUUCACAUCAAUCAGGUGCUGAUCAGCGAGGGUCAUGCGCAGUUCAUGGAGGAGCCGUACUCCUCAAAGAUGGCUCACCAACAAGCAGAAACACUACGAGGUGAUGUCCGUGCAUUAAACGACAAUAUGGACUGGCUGAACGAGAAUAGCCCGGCAUUUAAUGACACGUCAGGGCAAUACCUUACCAAGGUAUCUUUACGUGGCCCGUAUAGUCCGCUUGAGAUGACUUUCUUUAGUAUCACGAGUAUAGGACGACUAAGGACAGCAAACAUAGAUAUUGCCUCGGUAAACAGCGUUGCACUUAAUGAUCAGCCCCAAGACAAUCAUCAACGGCUUCUUGUUGCUGCUAACAUAGGCAUCAAUGCCUCUGGGAACUCUGUGAUUGCAAGGGAUACAACUUUGAUGCCGAACAUCCAUGGACUACUUCCAAUAGUUGCCUUAACAUUUGCACCAGUCGCUGAAAUGAGAACUGACCCACAGAAGCAUCAGUACACAGGAGCACUGGUCGGUCUGGGGUAUGACGCGCAGACUAACGAGCCCCUUCUGCCUGACCAUGAUAUAGAACUAACUUUCGAUGUUGAGAUCAACCAAGAAGACUUGAUUAUGAUCAAUUCCCUUCGCACUGGUAUCAACCUGGCGUUCAGCAACGAGGGCGUGGCAGCUGAAUGGGGAUCAGGAGCCAUCGGGAGAAUUCAACAGGCUUGUCGAAAAAAUAUUAUCUCUUUAGUUCUCAAGAAACGAGAAGACAGAAAACCACUGUCAUUCAAAAGGCAACUUCGAUGGAACCAGAUUGAUCCAAAAGAUAUCCUGGUCCCCAGUACAGACGAUAAAGACGAUACCCCAGACCUUUACCAGUUACAUAAUGGUAUCGCUAUCACAGGACAGUUCCUGGACAGCGAUACACCGGCUAAAGUCCUCGAAAGACGAAAAAUGAACCAAAAACUACACGAGUUGGCGGGAAGAUCCUCAGAGCCAUUCACCGAUGACGUCGUAUGCGAACUUUGUCAGGUUCGUUGCCGUCAUCCUCGUGGAGUUUCUCUACAUCUUUCAAGUCGAUGCCACAAGGAAGAAGAGAGCAUUUUAUACGAAAAUUACCCUUGAUAAUCGCAGGUACGAGGUACUACAGGUAUUAAGGUACGAGAGCAAGAGGUUUGGAUUUUGGAUAACGAUAUUUUCCAGAAAGUUCCAUCGGGAUAGCUACGUUAGAUUGUUUCUGUUGGGUUACCUGUGUGUUUCCAGAAUGGCUUUCCUGGGAUACAUGUGCGUUCAAAUCAAGGGAUUGGAAUAUCGAAAUACGAGUAUGUUACCAGAAAGGUCUAUUGGGAUACCCACGUGCUUAUGGAAUAUUUCUGUCGGAAAACCUACUUGCUUCCGAAAUAUAUCAGUUGGAAUACCUGUCCAUUACCAGGCAGAUUAUCUUUGCUGGGAUUCCUGUGUGUCCCAAGAACGAACAAAUAUUUGUAGAAGAAACAAAUUACAUUUCAGUUGAAAAAAGAGAUAUUUGAAAAUGUUGGAAUUCAUUGAGAAAAUGCGUCGUUACGAACAAAUAUUAAGGAUAUAUAUAAGUAGUGCUUUGAUAUUUUCCAUUUAUUAGUUUACACCAAUCAAAUGGUUGGCUUUGUUAAUCUCGAAAUAAACCCAGUCUCCCUCUA